CUUGGGCCGGAGCCGCGGGGCGCCGGGGAGAGGUAGAGAGUCUCAGGUGAGCCAGGCAGGGAGACAGACGGAGAGGGAGAGAGGCGGAGAGCGCGCGCAGCCCCUCCGCACCCAGCACCGUCUCCCAAGACUCUCGGCGUCUUCAUCUAGCAGGAGAACCACAGCCCUCGAUUGGGCUCCGCUCUGAGGUCUGCCCUUUCUCACUGACUCCCACCUUGGAAAGAUGGAACCCCAGGAGAGCGCCGUCCAGUACAGCCCAUGGAACAACAGCCAGGAUGAGGUCAGCAUGAGCGUGUCGACCCCGGAGAGCUCGGGCUGUGAGCGGGUCUACAAUAAACUAUGCACCGGGAAGCUGGGCAUUGCGAUGAAGGUGGUAGGCGGAAUCGUUCUGUUCUGGGUCAUCUUCAUCAUCGGCUACGUCACCGGGUACUACAUCCACAAGUGCAAGUAGCACUUGUCUGAGCCUGCUGGACACCUUUUCCGAGGAGACCUCCACUCACCCAGAGACCUCUUACUACCUGGCCAAAGACCAUCAGGCCAAGGCUGGCCCUUGGGGGCACACACACCUAUAGAGAUAGAUACAC